AUGGAUACCCCCAGUGUCCUUACUUUUGAUGCUGAGGGCCACAGCACUGUUCGCUCACAGUGGGCCACACGCGAUGCUGCUGCUCGCCUUGCUGUGCGUCGCCACUUACCGACCGCUGAGCGUGCGCACUUUAGCCAGUACAAGAGUGCUAAGACCUUGUACGACGCUGUAGUUGCAGGCUACUCCUCCCCUGCCACUGCUGCUCUUAGCCGCCUCAUGCUGCCGUACAUGUUCCCUGACCUUGCUGCCUUUCCCAUAAUUGCUGACCUCAUAGCUCACCUUCGCACUAGUGACAUUCGCUACCGCGCUGCGCUUCCUGCUGAGUUCUGUGCCAAGAACCCCCCCCCCCCCAUGUACAUCACCCUCUACUACAUAGUCACCCGCCUCCCUGACUCCCUUCGCUUAGUCAGGGACCACUUCCUCUCAGUUUGCCCCACCACUCUCACCGUCGAUCUCCUUGAGGAGCGCCUCCUAGCAGCAGAGAAGAGCAUAGUCGCUGUAGGAGCCUCUCGUGGUGACCCUCACACCCUCGUCUUUGAGGGGUGUUCCCCCUCCCCCCUCUUGCCCUCUGUUGCCUCUGCUGCUGCGGCCGACCUCGUUGGUUUCGAGUCGGUCGGCGCUGCGUCUGCCCCGAGCGGGAGACACCGCACCGGCAAGGGCAAGGGGGGCAACGGCGCUGGAGGGGCUGGCGGGGGCGGUGGAGGUGGUGGUGGAGGCAGUGGAGGGGGUGGGGGUGGUGGUGGGAGUAGUGGUGGGGGUGGAGGUGUCGGUGGCAGCAGUGGAGGCGGAGGAGGCGGCGGCGGUGGCGGAGGGAGCGGAGGCGGCGGAGGUGAUGGAGGCGGCGGAGGCGGCGGAGGUGGCGGAGGCGGCGGCGGGAGCGGUGGACCUGGUCGUGGCUCUCCGCAGAGGAGUGGCUCCGGUGGUGGUACGCGCCAGCAGCAGCAGCGCAGUCGUGAGACCCUAUCCCCUCAGCAGCUUCGUGACUGGUACGCUGCGCGUCAGCGCGGUGGGGGUACGGGUCCCUGCACCUACGUUCUCCGUACCGGUGACCGCGCUGGUGAGCAGUGCGGGGGCCCGCACUCCACCCAGCACUGCUUCGGCCGCCUGACGGACGCGUGGCGUCACCAGUUCCCUGAGGCCUCUGAGAUCCCUCGCUGGGGAGAGCUGUCUAGGGCGGGGGUUGCUAUCUUUGAUCUUGAUUUUGAUGCUAUUCUUGCUGCCAUGCAUGCUGUUUCUGAUAGUGUUGAGGGUGACUGUUACCUGUGUGUUCCGCCUGACCCGGGCAUUGAGACUACUGCUCUAGGUGCUGGUGAGGCUGCUCCUCUAGGUGCUAGCGCGUCUGCUGCCCCAGGUGCUGGCGAGUCUGCCCUCUCAGGUACCACGUCGGCUCAGGCCUUACACACCUUCACCCUUGACUCGGGUGCUUCCCGCUCCUUCUUUCGGGACCGCACCACACUUACGCCGCUCAGUCGGCCGGUUGCGGUCUCCCUGGCGGACCCCUCUGGGGGUCCUGUCCUUGCUCGCUUCUCCACUGUCUUACCGAUAGGGGGGUUGACCAGUUCAUUCCUGCGAGUCAGCGGGUGA